AGUCCGCCUGCCUGCGCUGCGCUUGUGGAACCCGAUUUGUUUCUUUGGCUUUUCGCAUUGUAUUGGUAGGAGGAGCUGCUUUCCUGUGAUUGUCUGCCUCUUCUCUCUCUCUCUUAGCAGGUUUCUCAUUUUUCCAAAGUUAAAUAUUCAAGUCUGUGAGCUCUCACAGACGGUGGGUGCCUGCGCCGGCGGCGAGGUUUGCCUUUGCUUGCGUCGAAAGCGAGCGGAACAGAACAGAACAGAACAGAACGGAGCGACGCUGUUUGUGUCACAUAACCGAGGCUCUUCCACUGGUGUUCGAUCCAAGUGUUUCUUAACUUCGAUUUCAAGAUGACAGAAGAAAAGAAUGUUGGGCAUAUAAAGCUGGUGACUGACCAGCUUCCGUGGGAUUGGAUGUCGCCUCUAGAUUGGUUCUGCUGAAGAUGGAAACACUGGAGUCUGAGCUCACCUGCCCAAUCUGCCUGGAGCUGUUUGAAGAUCCCCUUCUCUUACCCUGCGCCCACAGCCUGUGUUUCAACUGCGCCCAUCGCAUCCUAGUCUCCCACUGCUCGUCCAACAAACCUCUAGAGUCCAUCUCCGCCUUCCAGUGCCCCACCUGCCGUUACGUCAUCACGCUGAACCACCGCGGCCUGGAGGGCCUGAAGCGCAAUGUGACCCUGCAGAACAUCAUCCACCGUUUCCAGAAGGCCUCCGUCAGCGGCCCUAACUCCCCCAGUGAGAGCCGUCGUGCCCCAGGUCUCUCCGGAGGCCACAGGCCCUAUAGCAGCAGCGGAGGAGGAAGCUCCGGCAGCCACAGCGCCCGCUCCAGCCCGGCCCAGCCCUCCUCUCAUCAGCACACCGCCACCAUGUCUCUGGAGCACCGUAUCAGCUGCCAGUUCUGUGAGCAGGACCCGCCGCGCGAGGCAGUCAAGACGUGCGUGACCUGCGAGGUGUCGUACUGUGACAGGUGCUUACGUGCCACGCACCCCAAUAAGAAGCCGUUUACCAGUCACCGGUUGGUGGAGCCGGUGCACGACGCCCACCUGAGAGGCCUCACCUGUCUGGAGCAUGAGAAUGAGAAGGUUAAUAUGUAUUGCAUCGUGGAUGACCAGCUGAUAUGUGCCCUGUGUAAGCUGGUGGGACGACACAGGGAACAUCAAGUCUCCUCUUUCAGCGAACGCUUCGAUAAACUCAAGGCUUUUCAAGUGAGUCCUGGCAGAGUAUCUGACGCGGUAUUGGAGGCAUCAAAGACAGGCGCCGCGCAAACGCUGGAGAACAACCUCACCAACCUGGUGAAGAGAAACAGUGAGCUGGAGAACCAGAUGGCUAAACUCAUCCAGAUCUGUCAGCAGGUUGAGGUGAACACAGCGAUGCAUGAGGCCAAGCUAGUGGAGGAGUGUGAUGAGCUUGUAGAGAUCAUACGCCAGAGGAAACAGAUCAUCGCUGUCAAGAUCAAGGAGUCCAAGGUGAUGAAGCUGCGUAAACUGGCCCAGCAGAUGGCUAACUGCAGACAGUGUCUGGAACGUUCCGGAGCCCUCAUCACCCAGGCAGAACACAGCCUGAAGGAGAACGACCACGCUCGCUUCCUACAGACCGCCAGGAACGUGGCUGAGAGGGUUGCCAUGGCCACGGCCUCAUCCCAGGUGCUGAUUCCAGAUGUGAACCUGAACGAAGCCUUUGAUAACUUUGCCCUGGACUUUUCCCGAGAGAAGAAGAUCCUAGAGGGACUGGACUACCUGACAGCUCCCAGUCCUCCCUCCAUACGUGAUGAGCUGUGUACUGCCUCCCACGACACCAUCACAGUUCACUGGACGUCUGAGGACGAGUUCAGCGUCACCUCCUACGAACUGCAGUACACCAUCUACACCGGACAGACCAACUUCAUCAGUCUGUAUAACAGUGUGGACAGUUGGAUGAUUGUCCCCAACAUCAAGCAGAACCACUACACGGUGCACGGCCUGCAGAGUGGAACACGUUAUGUCUUCUUUGUCAAGGCCAUCAACCAGGCAGGCAGCCGCAACAGUGAACCAGCCCGCCUCAAAACCAACAGUCAGCCUUUUAAGCUUGACCCGAAGACGGCCCACAAGAAGCUGCGUCUGUCCAACGACUGCCUGACCAUGGAGAAAGAUGAGAGCUCCCUGAAGAAGAGCCACACUCCAGAACGUUUCAGCAGCACGGGUUCGUACGGAGCAGCAGGAUCCGUCUUCAUCGACAGCGGCUGUCACUACUGGGAGGUGCUGCUGGGCGCCUCCACCUGGUACGCUGUGGGCGUAGCUUACAAGUCAGCCCCUAAGAACGAGUGGAGUGGAAAGAACUCGUCCUCCUGGGUGUUGUCCCGCUGCAACAACAACUUCAUGGUGCGUCACAAUGGCAAGGAGAUGCUGGUGGAGGCCAGCCACCAGCUCAGACGUCUGGGAGUCCUUCUGGACUACGACAACAACUCCCUGUCCUUCUACGACGCCAUGAACUCCCAACACCUGCACACCUUCGAGGUCAGCUUCCUGCUCCCCGUGGCGCCCACCUUCAUGAUCUGGAACAAGUCGGUGAUGAUCCUGUCGGGGCUUCCUGUGCCGGACUUUGUGGACUGCCCUGAGGAACACCAGGAGGGGAUGAUGACCCUGUGUCGUCAGCAGGAUUCACCCUACGUGUCGGGUAUGAAGGGCUGUCACUGAGUCCGGGACUGGGGUGACUCCCAGUCCCGGAGACCGACAAGGGCUUGGACUGGACUCUGAACUGGGCUGGGCUAGACUCACUUACUUCCUGGGUUUGUGGGCCAAUGGGGUUGAAUCUUUCUUCUCCUCAGCUUCCUACUUCCUCCUCUUCCUCCUUUUACCCAGCUUUCCUAUUUUCUCUUCAUGGAUGGUUUGUUACACUACUACUUGUCUCAGUGUGAGGAUGUGUGUUGUUGUUUAUGAUAUUUACAAAUCAACACAGAAGCUUGACUUGCAUUAUGUGACUACUAGUCUUGUAUUAUAAGAAACUUUAUUGAUCAUGAUUGAUUUGAGGAAAACAUGUUAAUUAUUUAUGAAUAAUAAGUUGGUCUGCUUUUAUUUUCUUCUCAGUCUCAAUGUAUUCAUGGGACACUUUUUGGAUUGGGUCUUUAUCUUCUCUGUGUUUAAAAAAAGACAGAACAUGUAUUUGGGACAUGGUUGUUCUCGCUCUAGAUAGCAUAGUGGAUUUAUCUUCUAUAGAAAUGGGUUAAGAUUAUGACGCUUAUGCAAUUUUUAACACAAGUGAAAUGAACAAAACUGACGAAUUACAAAAAAAUGACGGAAGUUGAAUAUCCAGGGAGGGAAGAGAGGGUGAUAACAUUCGAUUUGCUAUCUCGGUUUUGAUGUCAUAGCAUGAUGUGUAUUUCCUCUGUGAUUAAUUCACACUUCAUGUUUUGUUUUACUUAUGUUUUGCUGUGAUAAAAGCAUGCCGCGUUAUAGGAUCCCACUUCGCUGCCCUUCACUGGUUCACUUCCAGGUUAUCGUGAGGUAUUUCUUGACUCUUGACCUAUAGAAUUCCUCACUGGUUCACUUCCAGGUUAUCAUGAGGUAUUUCUUGACUCCUGACCUAUAGAAUUCCUCACUGGUUCACUUCCAGGUUACCAUGAGGUAUUUCUUGACUCCUGACCUAUAGAAUUCCUCACUGGUUCACUUCCAGGUUAUCAUGAGGUAUUUCUUGACUCCUGGCCUAUAGAAUUCCUCACUGGUUCACUUCCAGGUUAUCAUGAGGUAUUUCUUGACUCCUGGCCUAUAGAAUUCCUCACUGGUUCACUUCCAGGUUACCAUGAGGUAAUUCUUGACUCCUGACCUAUAUAAUUCCUCACAGUCACCGCGGAGCUCCACCCCCCCUCCCCUCACAUCCAAUCCUUGGUCGAGGUUUACCUAUUCCAAAAGGGGUGUGUUGUUAUUGGCCGCUGAUUUGUAUAAAGUCCCGAGACGAUGUAAAUCUGUCAUUUGUCUACCAGUUACCAUCCCGAUAUCAUAUCUCUCAUAGAAACCAUCGGAUUUCUAUUCAAGAAAAUCACAAAAACAUUUUCACAGGAUAUGGUUAAGAUUCCACAGAGAAGACCUUGUAGGUCUAUGACAUCAUCAUUUAAAAAAAAGAAAGUGUUACAUCAUCAAAUACUUCUUAUUUAUUUAGGCUUUUUUUGCUGUUUGUUUAUCGCUUUGGUGGUUUUCCUCUGAUUUAAUAUUCAGGGAUUGAAUACGUAGUGGGUCUGAUCAAGACAAUCAAUAGUAUAUUUAUUAUGCAGAGAAAACAGAAGUAGUGUGUAGCUGAAAAACCACUGAACUAGCAUGAUGUAAUACUUCAGAUACUAAACUGUUAACUUACUGAAAACCAAAACGGAUGCAUUAUUAUUUUUUCAUCGAAUUAAAACGUUGUAGUGAAGAUAUUGGGAACAGACGGAGUCGUACCUCCGACGACGCCACCGUCCUGAUGCCGGUGGUUCAAUCUCUCACCACAUAGCAAGGUAUUUAGAACUUGUCCCAAAAUGGCACCUUAUUCCCUAUAUAGUGCACUACUUUUGAAUGUUAAAAGAAAAUUGAUGCACUAUGUAGGGAAUAAGGUGCCAUUUAAGACACAGAUUUAGUUUUCCAUUCUAAAUGUCAUAUUUCCUUUUUUUUUAAGUUCCUGUUUUUAAUUCGAAAGCACAAACUAACCACCAAGCAGAUUUGUCUUUGGCACCGUGAAAGUGGGAGACAGAGAGACAGACAUAUGAAUGGAUCUGUGACUAACUGGUCCGUCCUCAAGCUUCUUCAAAGAAACAAUAGCUACUUUAAGGCUGGAGUGAGUCUUGAGUCCCAUUAUGGACCCAACAGAACACAGUGGGUUCAAUAAUAAGAUGAGAAUGGUGAGUUCCAUUAUGGACCUAACAGAACACCAGUUCAAGCCGAUGAGAAUGGUGAGUUCCGUUAUGGACCUAACAGAACACCAGUUCAAGCCGAUGAGAAUGGUGAGUUCCGUUAUGGACCUAACAGAACACCAGUUCAAGCCGAUGAGAAUGGUGAGUUCCAUUAUGGACCUAACAGAACACAGUGGGUUCAAUAAUAAGAUGAGAAUGGUGAGUUCCAUUAUGGACCUAACAGAACACAGUGGGUUCAAUAAUAAGAUGAGAAUGGUGAGUUCCAUUAUGGACCUAACAGAACACCAGUUCAAGCCGAUGAGAAUGGUUCCAUUGAAAGAGCUAGCUGAAUACUGGACUCAAGAGGUCAGAGGUCUUUUAAAUAACACUGCUUUGAUUAUAGCAGGUGGUAACACUUCACUGUAGUAAAGCCUUUAUAACAGCUACAUAAGACAACAUCAGUUAAACGCUGUUAUUAAGGGUUAUAUCAGUGCUGACUGAAGGGGAGGUGUUUGUGUUUGUGUUUUAAUUUUUCUUUUUUUAGUCUAGCAGCAGAUUUGUGAAUAUUAGCCCUUACAGCAAAAAUAAAAGAUUGCAGUUUUAAAACUGCAGUAAAAGUGUAGUAACUACAGUCGACUGUGGUGUUUUGGAAGCGGUGAUUGCAGAAUAACUGCCGUGUUCUGCACUCUAACUGCAGUUACACUGCAAAAUUACUGCAGUACAAAAAAAGUGUUAUUUUGGAUGCAGUAUUUUGCAAUGUACUGCAGUUAUACUGCAUUCUAACUACGGCUAUACUACAGUGUACUGCAGAUAUACUGCAUUCUAACUACAGUUAUACUACAGUGUACUGCAUAUAUACUACAUUCUAACUACGGUUAUACUACAGUGUACUGCAGUUAUACUGCAUUCUAACUGCGGUUAUCCUACAGAUAUACUGCAUUCUAACUACAGUUAUACUACAGUGAACUGCAGUUAUACUGCAUUCUAACUACGGUUAUACUACAGUGUACUGCAUUCUAACUACGGUUAUACUACAGAUAUACUGCAUUCUAACUACGGUUAUACUACAGUGUACUGCAUUCUAACUGCGGUUAUACUACAGAUAUACUGCAUUCUAACUACGGUUAUACUACAAUGUACUGCAGUUAUACUGCAUUCUAACUGCGGUUAUCCUACAGAUAUACUGCAUUCUAACUACAGUUAUACUACAGUGUACUGCAUAUAUACUGCAUUCUAACUGCAGUUAUACUACAGUGAACUGCAGUUAUACUGCAUUCUAACUACGGUUAUACUACGGUGUACUGCAGAUAUACUGCAUUCUAACUACGGUUAUACUACAGAUAUACUGCAUUCUAACUACGGUUAUACUACAGUGUACUGCAUUCUAACUGCGGUUAUACUACAGAUAUACUGCAUUCUAACUACGGUUAUACUACAAUGUACUGCAGUUAUGAUACAUUUUAACGACAGUUUACUGCCACUAUACUGCCUUAUAACUACAGUUAUACUAGUGUACUGCAGUUAUAUUGCCUUAUAACUGCAGUUAUACUAGUGUACUGCAGUUAUACUGCACUCUGACUGCAAUCUUUUUUUGUAAGGAACCUUUCUUGAAUGAUCAGAAAUACGAUCAAUUUGAAGAAAACAUCAGAGGUGAAAACUGUGGCUGCUGAUUUCUGGGCUGAACUGACAAGAUACAUUUAAUUUGUACAAGAAGUGCAUUUGACUGGGUCACCUACCGUAAUGCAUGACUUGGUUCAUACAGUCUGUGUAUCUCAUGACGGUUUUUAUAGAAACAGAUUCAUCACAAAAUGUCCAUUUGAAAUAGACAACUUUAUUGAGACAUCUGUGUUCAUGCAUAUCAUUCAGGUAGUUUUGCUGUGCUUUGUGCUACUACUACCGGAUCAAUAAACAUACUGAGAAUAA